AAAAAGCAGAGACAAUUGUAGACGAAAAUGAAGAGAGAUUUUAUCUUAGUUUUUAUUUUAUACAAAACAUUUUCGUCUCGUCUUUUUUCGUCAACAAUAAUGCAUGUUAAUUUAGUCUUAGUCAGCGUUUUUGGACAGUGGUGCGGUCUCGUCAUCGUCUCGUCUUAGUCAUGAAAAAAAAGGUUGUUGACGAACAUAUUCCGUCUCGUCUCGUCUGACCAAAUUAACACUAGACUACAUGAACACGUGUUAAAAGUAGAUUUCUGAUCUCCAUCACAUCAUACAAACCUCACACCCUCAUCCUCACACACUCCUCACACAUUUCUCACACUCUUCCUCAUCACACACUCCUUCACCGUGUGUCAGGAUGCAGCUCCUCUCUCUGGUGCUCCUGCUCUCCUCUUUCUCCUCACUGACCCUGACGGAGGUUGUUAACUCUUUUAAACAUUCCUGUCCUAACUUCUUCCUUCCGAACCCGGACAAACAAAAUGACAUCAUCGUCCCCACUCUCUUCACUGGACAUCAGUAUAAGACGAUUUGCCAGCGCUGGAAAAACAAAUACAGGUUUGCCACCGUGUACGACACUGUGAGGAGGAUCCCUGUUUUCUCGGCCUACACAUUCUUAAAGGCAGGAACGACUAAACGCAGCGAUGUGUGGAAAAUUGAACCUCAGCUGGAAAAUAUUGAAAGAUAUAGACGCUUGAGAGAGAUGAUUGAUUCCCCGAGAGAAGCAGGAAAUAUAGUUAACCAGGCCGUGGACUCUGAUUAUACAGGUACAGAGUUUACUAGAGGUCACGUGUUUCCACGACAGUUUGCUGCUGAUCAGGAACAAGCAGAUUCCACCUUCACUUUAACUAACGUAGCUCCACAAACAAAGGACAGCAACCAAAAAUGGGCCGAGCAAGUGGAGGAACCGAUGCUUAAAGAAAUAAAAAAAAGUCUGUAAACUCGACCAAAAUUACCAGGUGUACAUUGUGACCGGAGUCGUCCCAGGGAAGACCUGGAUACUCAUAACAAGAGACGGAAUUAUAUAUCAAGGAGGAAUUAACAUUCCCAGUCAUGCUUGGAGCGCUUACUGUUGCAGGAAUAAAACAAAUUUUAAUACUUUCAUAGUGAAGGCCUACUUAGCUAAGAUGGAGAGUUUUAAUCUGAGACACCCUGACAUUAACAGGCUGGAUACAGAGCUCACUGAACUGUAUAAUGUUAAGAAUAGGGAUGGUAAUGCAACACCUUUCCAAGUGUUUCCAGGAUUAGACUUAAACUUGCGUAACAAAUCGUUUUGUAAAAAAAAAUCUGAUUAAUCAUCUGCAGUUAGAAACAUGAAAAAAUUCAUGUACUAAAUCAAGGCUUUUAUUUACAACUAAUUACACACUCGGCUGGAUUAAUGAUAAUAUCUGAUCUGUUCUAGA